AUGUAUCUUAGAUUAAGUCCUUCUGACAGAGCAAUAGCUCUUGGGUCUAUAGGGAUCCUGUUAAUGUUUUCACUGGCAUGUACAUCCACCGACAACAACUUCUGGAAAUCAACAUUAACGUCAAACAACGUCAAUAUAUUCGGAGAUGAACUAAGUUACAACUUGAUAUUUGUCACCCUAGGUAUCAUUGAUAUUUGGGUAGGGGAGAUAAUCAAGAGAGUGUUCGUCUUAUGCGGAGAAUUACCCUUUGUUAACAGUCGUUACGACGGUAGAAUAUCAUUCGUAGUUCAGCAAAGUUUCUGCACAAAAUCUAAUAUUCCUUUUUUGACCCUGCCAAUUCUGGUAGCAAUGUUAACUUAUAUGAAUCUCCAUGGUGACGGGAUGUUAUUAGUAUGGCGGAUUUUACAAACCAAAUGGAACUGUAUUAUAAUCGUCACUAUUUCCAUGAUAGCACAUCUGCUUCGUUUAACUGAUCCCACAAGAUCCGAAAUGAGUAGGGUUAUUGACGAGCAAACACUCAACGUGGGCCAUGGAUUUGCCUGGUCCUUCUAUUUUGGAUACCUAAGACUAAUAAUUCCAGGUUUGCAAUCACGAAUGGAGUUCUGGAAAAAGGACAUAGAUACCACACGAAAAUCCGUUGUAGUUCCAAAACUGUAUAUCCUGAUUCCUAUGUCUUGCUAUUGUCCGCCAUCAAUAACAGCAGCCGACCCUGGGCUAAAAGUGGCGGGAGUGACUCCAUCUUUUGUUGCGAACAGAGCAAAAAAUCAGCGCAGGGAGUACAAAAACACCGUAUACUGUUUUGAAGUGGACAAGACGGACUACUACUGUUUGGUGGAGUAUGCCACACCCAUUCUGUCCCUGUAUGAGAUGAGUAACAGCGAGGAGGCGGGGCUGUCGUCGUUUGACAGACUGCAACAGAUGAGGACGUUUGUCGCCACCCUGCAGGAGAUCAUCAACUCUAACCCCGAAACCAAGGACAACUGCACCCUCCUCGUCUAUGACGAUAAAAAGUUUGGCGAUGCUGAACAGUCCAUUUCGAUGUUAAUCAAAGACAGAAUAGAAAAAGAUUUGAGUGAAAAAGCGGUGACCAAAACCUUCUGA